GCUGAAAAUUCCGAAUAUCUGGCUGCGACGCCUUGGAAAAGUCUAUAUAAACCCCAGGCCCCUCCCUCUGUAAUAGAUACUUUUAAUCAUCAUCUGAUCUACCAACUACCAGUCUCUCGUUAUAAUGCAAUACUCUAUCAUCGCCGUCCUUGCCGCUGUCGCCUCUGCUGUCUCUACCGUCACUGAGACUGACUCUUUCUCCCUUGUGACGAGACUGUCACUGACUGCCCAGCCACCAUGUCUUCUUCUACUUACUCCUCGGCUUCUAACUGGACCACCUCUGCUUCCGUCUCCUCUUACGAGGGUGCCGGUAACAAGCAAUACGCUGCUGGUGCCGUCGCUUUGGCUGCUGGUGCUUUGUUGGCUUUGUAAGUUGGUUGAUUCAUCUUAAAUAGAGUUUUACAAAAUAUAUGUACGGUUAGAAACACUGUUAGUAGGAUUUCGUAGCUGAUUUUGUCUUCUGAUGAACUGUUGGUUGUGAGCCUUUCCGUCGAGGUGCAU